AUGAAGAAUUUUUCAGUUCCUGUGCAAGCUAAUGAAUAUCAGACUGAAAGUCUUUUUCCUCAGCUUGUCCUGAAUUUGACAAAUAAGUCAGAUCCAGUUGGAAGACAAGAAAGAGAUGAGCAAUUAGCUCAGUUAGAGAUUGCUGUGUUGGGAGUAAUAUUUAUGACAGCAUCUCUGGGCAAUUUUAUUCUCAUACUGGUAUUGUGGAGGAGAAGAAAGAAGUUAUCUAGGAUGUAUGUAUUCAUGCUUCACCUGAGCAUAGCAGACUUAGUGGUAGCAUUUUUUCAAGUACUUCCCCAACUAAUAUGGGAUAUUACAGAUGUUUUCAUAGGGCCAGAUGCAUUGUGCAGAACUAUCAAAUAUUUGCAGUUGUUGGGCAUGUUUGCUUCUGCUUAUAUGAUAGUGGUCAUGACAGUGGACAGAUAUCAAGCAGUAUGCUAUCCCGUGGUCACUUUCCAAAAGAAAAAGGCUCUUUGGAAUGCUGCCAUUUGCACCAGCUGGUCUAUAUCACUGCUUUUUAGUCUUCCACAAGUAUUUAUCUUUUCCAAGACUGAAAUAUCUCCAGAUAUUUUUGAAUGCUGGGGUGAGUUCAUCCAACCUUGGGGCUUAAAGGCAUAUGUAACUUGGAUUUUUGUAGCUAUUUUCUUCAUUCCCACAGCUAUCCUUACCAUAUGCCAGGUUAAGAUCUGCAAAAUAAUACUCAUUAACAUACAUGUGAAAAAAAGGAAUGAAUUUGAAGCAAUAAAUCAGAAGCAAGUCCUGCCAUUCCAAGCAAGCAGUAUUAACUAUAUUUCAAAGGCUAUGAUCAAGACUGUAAAAAUGACAGUGGUGACAGUUAUUGCAUAUGUCCUGUGUUGGGCACCUUUCUUCAUUGUACAGUUGUGGUCUGUGUGGUACCCCAGUGGCAUUACUGAAGGUGCAGCAUUUACCAUUAUCAUGCUCCUGGGGAAUUUGAAUAGUUGUGCCAAUCCGUGGAUUUACAUGUAUUUUUGUGGCCACAUUCCAUAUUGUGCCAAAAAGCAGUCAAAAAACAUCUCAGCUCAGGAAGAAUCUGUGAUCACAGGCAGCAUUAAUUUGGUAGACAGGGAACCAGAAGAAAACCUAACUUGUGUAUAAAUAUAAACUUCUUUUUGUUGCUUUGAUACAUUAAUUACAUUCAACUUUUAUGUGAAUAUUUUAUCCCUAUCCUUUGUUAUCUGAGGAAUGGAGUGAGUUGAAAAAUUGUCCUUCCCUGUAUAAAUAUAUUUUUCUUAAAUAUUGUAGCAUGCACUGCAUUACAAGAAUUCCAGCAUUGUGCAAGCCUGACUUUUAACAGUUACAUUGCACUAUAAAAUUCAUAUAACUAUUGGCAAAGAUAUGUAGAGCUAUUUUAUAUACUUCAUUUUUGCCUACAAAAACUGCUGUCUGUUCUCUAAUUUUGGAUUGCCAACUAGUAGAUUUCUACAAGACUGAUGACAAAUUGUGAUAUUGUUGAAAAGGAGAAUCCUAUAAUUAGAUUUGAAUGUGUGAUAUUGAAAUUGAAGCAUGAAUAGUUCAGGAAAAAUUUGGGGGAAAUAUUUGAGAAACCUUGAGAAGGCAGCAGAAAGUCACUAAAAUCCUCUGUCAGCUUUAAUUAAACACUUUAUAACAGGGGUAGGCAACCUAUGGCACGCGUGCCAAAGGCGGCACGUGAGCUGAUUUUCAGUGGCACUCACAUUGCCCGGGUCCUGGCCACCGGU